UUAUGCGAGCUACUGAUAGGUUACAAAGGUUUUUUAAUUCUGUGGCUACAAAAUCGUUUCCUGCCAAACGUGAUCAAUGUGUAUUUGUCCUUGAUCAUUUGAAUCAUGAUAUUUUGUAUGAUAAUAAUGGGGGAAAAAAGAAUGAUAAUAAUGAAAAAAACUUAUCAAUAUCAUCUGAGGAGGAAAUAAAUUCACAAAUAAAACAGAAGCAACAAUCUCAAGUAACAUUUUCACAAAUACCGUUAAAACCAUUUGGGACAAUAUAUCCUGUAACUUUUCUUGGAAAAAACAACAAAAUGUGUACACAAAAUGUGCCAUUUUAUAAUGUUCAAUGUAUUUGGGGUACCAGAGGUGUUGGAAGAUUUAAAGGAUUUUUGAAAAUUCCUAAAAAUGAAAAUCCAAUGUUGGGAAUGAUAACUCACAGACACACUAAGCAGUUGGCUAUCUCUUUGUGGAA